AUGUCCACUGAAUUCGCCGAUUCCGCUCUUGCCCAGAUUAGAGACACCAUUGCGCGUCUGCAGUCUCCAAUACCGGAUUAUCGAACUGUUCUCCAGCUGCUCAGUGCCCCUCUUGCUUGCCUCGGGCUGCUUCCUCCGCGUUUUGUUCAAUACAAUGUUUCUCCACUUCCAAAGGAGAGUUUCAGCAUCCCUCGGCAUAUCCCCCUCCUACAGAGGGCCCUCCUUGAGCAUGUAAUUCCAACUUGGGAGCCGGAAUUGGUGAGAGAAGACGCGUCUGGCAUUGUGGAACAAUACUUCUGUCCCGAUGCGUUCUCUUUCGCAUCGCCUGCGGCAGGUCAAGUCGCUGUCCUCGCGUAUUCGACUAUACUGUCGUCACCGAUAACGGAGUAUUCCGUUCGUACUCUCGUCCGACUAUGCAAAUCCUACCCAAUAGAUGUUCUGCAUUCUGUCGUCUUCUCUGAUCGAACCAGUCAUGUAUCGGGGAAACAAACGAUCACCUGGGAAGAUUGCGUGCGCAAUGCAGCCGCCAUACCUGGCAAGGUGGCAAACGCUAUGGGAGGAACUGGAAACAUCCCGCCCGAGCUAGAGCAUGGCACAUACUUCAACGAUCUGAGCGUGCGAUUUGAGCGUCUCGUAUACUCACUCUCCACCAACUCCUCCAGAGACAGGAUAUCUUCCGUCACAUAUUUGUUGACCAAGCUCGUGAACAUCGGUGUAUUCAGUCUGUUCAAGCCGUCCUCUCCAUCCCAGCCGUCAUUCUUCAGCGCUACUCUACCAGCGAUUCGCGCUUGUUUUGCGGGGCCCGACCAUGCCUCCUACUCCUCCUCGUGGUCGAAGGUCCUUUUAUCUUUGUCAUCAACCGUGGUGCUCCAGUCUGUUAUCGCUUCGCUAUGCUCUUCUUUGGCCGACAUUCCUCGCGCAUUGGAUCCAGACGCUCGCUCGAGGGCUCUGGUCAAGCGCGAGGCGCAGUUGCUGAGAAAUGUACUAGGUAACCUGCGCAAAGAUCAAGGUGAGAUUGUUGAUAGCGUCAGCGCAGUAGUUCUUGGGCGCGAGUGGAGCGAGGGACAUGCACGGAUAUUUGCCUGCUGGGCCGCUGGGGCCGAGAAGGACAAGAUAGAUGCUGAAGCGCUGGGCAUCUUGCUAUCUAGGGUGGUAGACAUGUGGAGUACUCCGGACCACAUCAAACACUCUCUGCUCUCUCGGCACCACUAUGUCACCGCUCUGCUCCUUCUCUGCGUCUCAUCAUUUCGCUCCUCCGAGGUCAAUAUGCUUUCUCACGUAAACGCGCUGGCGCUUUCCCCGCCUUUCAUUACCGCAAUAUCAACGUAUAUUUCUCACCUUGAUCCUAGCGUUCGUCGGUGUGGGAUGCUGGUCGCUGAGGAGGUCGCUCGCGGUGCUGGUAAAAAGCUUGAUUUUGGUGAUUGGGAGGGAGAAGAUCAAGGGAAAGCGUGGUGCCGGCAGCUGCGCCAAUUGGUCAAAGGCAGAGAUGCCGAUGCCGACGUGGACAUGACAGCGGAUAUCUCGAACACAGAGGGAGCACGUUUAGAAAUCCCUCUCGAGGCAGCGGUAGAAGCCCUGUCUAUGGAAGAUACGUCGGAACCAGGCCAGCCUCGCAAGCCCACAGUGCGGGACGUAGGUUACGAUUCGGACGAUUCGUUGACAGGUUAUGCGUCUCCUUCUUCAUCCCGCUCACCGUCACCUACACCUUCAGAGCUGGAGGAGAUCGAGAAGGAUCCGACGCUCAGAGUGGGGAAGAGGAAAAUACUGCGACCGGUGUAUCUGGCACAGCUUGGUAAUAUGGUCCGAAGCUCUGGCGGGCUGAAGUCUGAACAGGAAGAAGCGGAAGCCGAGAAGAUUGAGAUUGCGCUCAAUGUGGCCGAAGAACUCAUCAGGCGGAAGAGAGGGUACGGCACGGAGCUGGAGGAGAACGCGGUGAAUCUUGCGUAUGGAUUCGUGGGCCUUCAAGACAGCUAUGAGAUCGAGGGUUUCGAAGAGAAGCGCCAGGCGGCCCUGAAUGUGCUUGUCGCUUGUUGCCCCCGAAAGACUGCGCCAGCGAUCAUCGAGGAGUUCUUUAGAAACCAGUAUUCCACCAACCAGCGGUAUGUCAUACUCAACGCACUUGUUCUCGGUGCUCGCGAACUGGCCUCCCUGCCUAUGCUGCCAUCCUCUGUUCCUGCGAAUCGUGUGUCCUUCCCGAGCAAGCGCUUGCCACCUGCGCUUCAUGAAAAGUACAUCACAGCCAGCGAUCGAAACAGUUCCAACAAUCCAGCUCAACUUCUCCUUGAAGGCAUCAGUCGAGAGGCGAUUAAGAAGGGGAAGGAUGCAACAGCUGACAAGGUCCCCGAAAUCGUGCGCGAGCGGCAGCUGCGCAUUCGCAAGCCCGCCAAAGUCACAGAGGUCCCAUCGAGCAGCUCCGAGCUAGUUCGAAUUCCAACAACACAGAUUCCGCCGAAGUCGACGACGUUCACCGAAGUCGCCGCGGAGUGCUUCAUCUGCCCGCUCAUCAAUCGCUUCUGGCUUUUCCUGCGGGACGAACAGGCGCGCGAGGCCCGGACUGCACGUCAGCCAGCGCUGCACCGUUAUCGCGGUGCAGGGACUGGCCUCAUCCUGAAUCCAGUGGUGCUUACACGUUUCUUGAGUGCCCUGGCAGUUCUGGUGCACACCGCGCGCAACGCGCCGGAGUGGCUCGCGGUAGUCGCACCAGACGCGCUGGAGCUCGCAGUGACGCUCGGCACGCGCCCUAUAUCUGCCGCGGAAGGAGAGGACGAAGACGAAGAUGCAGACGGUGUGCGCAUGCGCGCUGGUGAAGGCGAAAAGACUGGAAAGAAGGGCAAGGAAGCUGCGGUGCUCACGACAGCACUGGAGCUUGCGCUCGUCGUGCUGGAUGGCUGCCUAGAGGUGGACGGUGGACGAUCCCUCGGACUGGAGCACACCGCAUUGCUAUUGGGAACGGGAGAGUGGGCUGGACAGGUCUUCUCUCGCUUGGAGAAGGGCAUCAGGAUGCUGGGUGGGGGCGGCGAGCAGGAAGCACGGCUGCAGAGUGCUGCGGCCGGUGUGAUCUUGAAGGUAGAUGAAUUGUCGUCGAGAUGGAGACGGUCCAUGAUUGAGGUGUGA